GUGAACUAUGUCUGUACCUAAGGCAUCGCGUCUCCCGUCCUCGGUGUACAGUCCUUCUGUGAGCCACUAAGACGGAUGUGACAUCAGCUUCCUCUUCAAACUCGGCUGUUACCUUCCUGUCUUCUCGUCUUUGACGUGAAGACAGGAAUUAUGCAGCUCCCCAAAUCCCUCUCAGACCUGUGACUUUCGGGAUUUUAUUGCAGGCAGACUUUCACCAGGAUAGGGACAAAUUACUCAACAACAGUCACAAAAAGGACUAAAAAGGACUCAGGGUCAUUCUGAUAUUUUGUUUGUUGGUUUGUUUUCCCCCUUCGACCUGUAGUUUCACGGUCAACUAUAUUCUGCUAAUAUUUAUCAUGUAAGAGCACAUCUUAGGCUCUCUCCUCCAGCCGAGCAAGAUGCCCAAAGGAAAGAAGGCCAAGGGGAAGAAGGUGGCCCCGGCCCCCGCCGUGGUCAAGAAACAAGAGGCCAAAAAGGUGGUCAAUCCUUUGUUUGAGAAAAGGCCUAAGAACUUCGGCAUUGGGCAGGACAUUCAGCCCAGAAGAGAUCUCACGUGCUUCGUCAAAUGGCCCCGCUACAUCAGGCUGCAGCAGCAAAGAGCCAUCCUCUAUAAGCGGCUCAAAGUACCUCCUGCCAUCAACCAGUUCCCCCAGGCCCUGGACAGGCAAACAGCGACUCAGCUGCUUAAGCUCGCCCACAAGUACAGACCAGAGACAAAGCAGGAGAAGAAGCAGGGGCUGCUGGCCCGCGCUGAGAAGAAAGCUGCUGGCAAAGGGGACAUCCCAACUAAGAGACCGCCUGUCCUCCUAGCAGGGGUCAAUACAGUCACCACUUUGGUGGAGAACAAGAGGGCUCAGCUGGUGGUGACUGCCCAUGAUGUAGACCCCAUUGAGCUGGUGGUUUUCCUGCCUGCCCUGUGUCGAAAGAUGGGGGUGCCCUACUGCAUCAUCAAGGGAAAGGCCAGGCUGGGGCGCCUGGUGCACAGGAAGCUAUGCACCACUGUUGCCUUCACACAGGUGAACUCGGAAGACAAGGGUGCUCUGGCUAAGCUGGUGGAAGCUAUUAGGACCAAUUAUAAUGACAGAUAUGAUGAGAUCCGCCGCCACUGGGGAGGCAACAUCCUGGGUCCUAAGUCUGUGGCUCCCAUUGCCAAGCUGGAAAAGGCAAAGGCUAAAGAACUCGCCACUAAGCUGGGUUAAAUGUACACUUAAGUUUUCUGUACAUAAAUAUAAUUACAAAGUUACA